UGCCUGUAGUAAGUCUGAGACUGUAACCGGCAAGGGUAACUUAGUACUACAAGUGCUACUUGCUAACUGAUCUCCCAUAUAUUAAACUGCUACUGCUUGUAUAUAUCAUUCGCGGUGGGGUUGCAGAAAUAAAGCAUUUCCGCUUUUGCUGAUGGGUAAGAUUAACUUCACGGCCGACGAAGCCUCCAUCCUCAAGGCCUAUAAGUUAUCAUCCCAGAACCCGACGAAAUGGGAGGAGAUAGAUCACGACUUGGAAGAUCCUCUUUCUGACCUCCUCACCUCCCAAUCCAACGAUGGGGACGGUGACCCCCUGGGACUUGGCGGCGUCAUUGAUCUGACGAGUCUGGAUGCAGAAUCGAAAAUGUCGGUGCUCAUCUCUUCCAAAUCAUUUGAUCCCAAAGCCUUCCUAUCUGCCGUACACCCAAAUGCAACCUACCAAGAUCUCGCAGCAGGCAUUACACAUCUACAAUCAUCUAUCGAUGUCCGUUCAGAGGCUGUCCGUGUCCUCGUGGAGGAUAACUUCGAUCGGUUCGUUGCCGUCAAGGCUUCCACUGAUGCGUUAUAUGCGGAGAUGUGCGAGGGAUUACUUAGCGACAAGGCGGAAUUUGCUAGCAGACCGCUCGUAGACUACUUAAAACGAUCAGCCGCGAAGGCUAAUCAAGUAUUCCUCCCUGUCCUCGAGAACAGCGCCAAAGCCCAAAAGUUGCGCACUACGCUCGGCGUUUUUGAGCGCUCCAAGUUCUUCUUCAGCCUUCCGGGAUUUCUCGUGGAAUCUAUCGAGGCUGGAAGGUAUGAAGCUGCAAUGCGUCAGUACAACAAGGGCAAGUUUCUCCUCGACUCUCGCCCUGGGCAGCUCCUCCCUGUCGAAGCAGGUGCGAAUGCUGGGUCUACAGCGCAACAAAAGAGGAUAUUAGACAAAGUGUGGGCAAAUGUUGAAAAGGUGAUGGGAGAGAUGAAGGCACUACUUUUGGCACGGUUGCAAGAACCAGGAAGGAGCGUCGAGGAAAUGGAGAGAGGGAUUGAGAUUCUCCUGGAACUAAAUGUGCCUGAAGAUCCGAUAUGGACUUACUUCGAUAGCCAGCACAAGCACAUUAUGGACCGGAUGAGUGCUGCCUACAGGACUGGUGUUUCAAACAUCGAUGCCACGAAGUCUCGCACGGCACCUGAUCUGUCGUCUCCGAAUGCACUAAGACAGAUCCUUGGUGCACAACUCCAGGUAUGUAUUGUAGCGCUGGAGAGCAAAACGCCGGACGCUGUAAUUGCGCAAGCAGGCGGUCAUGAAGUGUGGCAGGCUAUCUGGGACAUGGUGAAAAACAUUUCCGAGGUUAUGGUCUCUUCUCUGCCCAACUUUUGGAAAAUCGCAAGGAGUUUCUUGGAGGGGAAAUUCAAACGAACUUCGUCGUCGAGGCGCAGUGCCUCCCAAUGCAGGCAAAUGGCACUUGACAUCAUCAAGCUCUACAUCAGUUUCCUCUCAGAAUUCUUUAUUCUUUCUGACGUUUUAUCAAACUCCUCGACCCCCAACUCUCCCGAACAUCUCCCAUCUCAUUCGAACUCGCUAACGACCGCUCACUGGUUGGUCAAGAUCCUUAGCGAGGUCCAAGAUUGCGUCACAGAGGUUGGUGCAUUGGAACUUGGAGAAGGAGGUCUGGUGAAAGGACUAGUGGAGAGCGUGCGGUGGCGUUUUGAAGAUGUAUUAGUGAGAUCUUGGUUGCGAGACGCCAACUACAUGUACGCACUCGAAUCAUUCACGCCCAAUCUUUCCAUCCCUUCCACAACGCUUUACCUCGCUCAUCUCGAAUCGUUCAUGCGCCACCUCGCAACGUCAGCAUUCAAAAUCGCGGGUGGUAUCUCGACAGACAGCGGAUCGGGCGUGUUGCGGGUAACGCAACAGAAUGUUGUGCCACCAGCAUUCACAGCGAAGAUUACCAAGGCAUUUUUGGAUGCAAUAUACGCAGUUCUGGAUGGGCUCGUAGUGCUUGUCGCGGAGGAAGUGCCACCAGGUGCGGGCAGCAUCGUGGCAGCGGGAGCUUCUGAGCGAGAAGGGAAGGAGGAACUGAUUGACCUGCGGGACUCGAAUACGAGGCUGCUCCUCGUGAUAUCAAAUUUCUCACAUUUAUCAGGGCUGUUGAUACCCAGUAUGUUAUCUCAGCUAGAGAAUGCGCUCGGAGUAUCAGUUGAGGAUGAUAGAAAGACACUAAUGAAAGCAGUGACUGCACUGGACAAGACUCUUUUUGACGGAUAUGUCAAACCCAAGGCUGCCGCCGUCGCAAUCAUCUUGCGAGAGGGAAUUCUCGACAAAAACAUGGAUUGGUAUGAGACGCCGCAACCUACCGAAGUACGACCAUUUAUGUACAAGGCCUUGAUUGGCCUCGUCGAGAUCCAUGCACAAAUAAGCCGCGUCGCAGAGAAUCUUCUCGAACGCGUGAUGUACGCGCUUAUCGAGAACGUCGCUCAAGAUGCAUUACUCUCGUUCAAACAAGUCAAGCGGUUCGGCAUGGGCGGUAUGCUUCGUGCUACGCUAGAGAUCGAGUUCUUGCACCAAACGCUUGCUCGCUACGUGUCUUCACCGGCCGCGAAGACACUUUCAGAGCUGUACAAUAAGAUCUCGCAGGCGUAUGCACGGCGGCCGGGAGAUGAGAAUUUGCAGUCGAAUCUGGACAGUGUGAAGAGGACGCUGGCGGAGAGUCGGCGUGCAACUGGGAUUGAGUUUAUGUGCUUUAGAGCGGCCAAGGAGAGGAGUGGGAAGGGGAAGAAGGGGAAGGACGAGGGUAGGGAGCGGAAGGAGAGAGGGAAGGACAGGGAAGGCAGAGGUGAUAACAGUACAGCUUCAUGAUCUCUGGCCCCUUCCCUGAAUUGAUUUGCGAUUGCUGUCAUCACUACCUUCUGAUGUUGUGAAGCUAGCUAGCUUGAGUCUGGCAGUUCUAAUGUGACACGAUAAAGCGACAA